UAAAUGAAGAAAACAAAGAACCACUAGCCAGCAAUUACUCCAAACACUCACCGAGAGAGAGAGAGAGAAGAAAGAACAAAGAUUUGAGCUUUUCUGUUCAGAUUUUAGGAGGGAAAAUCCGAAAACCCAAAAACCCAAAACCCAUUUGACAUAUAUUUCAACCCAUAAAUUUUCAUAACCCAGAGAGCAGAAUCCAUUCCUUUCGAGUAUUUGUAGAGAGAGAAAGAGAGAAAAACCGGAGAGAGAGAGAGAGAGAGAAUGUUUGCAGCAGAAAAUGGACUGAAAGGAGACCCAAGGCUCCAAGCCAUAUCAGAAGCCAUCAGGGUUGUGCCUCACUUUCCGAAACCAGGGAUAAUGUUUCAAGACAUAACAACAUUGUUGCUUGAUCACAAGGCCUUCAAGCAUGUUGUCGACAUUUUUGUUGAUCGCUACAGAGACAUGGACAUCUCUGUUGUCGCCGGAGUGGAAGCCAGAGGGUUCAUGUUUGGUCCUUCAGUUGCUUUAGCAAUUGGUGCCAAGUUCGUCCCUUUACGUAAACCUAGAAAGUUGCCGGGAGAAGUAAUUUCAGAAGCGUACGAGCUCGAGUAUGGAACCGACUGCCUGGAAAUGCAUGUUGGUGCUGCUCAGCCCGGUGAACGUGCAUUGGUAAUUGAUGAUCUAAUAGCUACCGGUGGGACCUUAUCAGCAGCAAUAAGACUUUUAGAACGUGUUGGGGCUGAAGUGGUCGAAUGUGGAUGCGUUAUUGGGUUGCCUGAGGUUAAGGGACAGUGCAGGCUUAAUGGAAGCCACUCUACAUCCUUGUGGAGCCACGCGAGUUAGAUAACUGCUGUUGAGUUCUGUUGGAGUUGUGCUUGGGUUGACUGCAGAAACAAUGACGCUUCACUUGGGCAAAUGGCCGUGAAUGUUUAGGGUGACUGAGUUCCGCUGCACAAUGCUCGCCAUUCCCUUGUCUCCGUCUCGUGUAGAUUACUAUGUAACAUUAGCCAUUUCGAACAAAAUUCAUGGACGAAUGUUGUUUUCGAGAGAUCGAUUUAUUCUUAAAAUGGGAAACUUCGUUGCUGCA